AUGGGCUGCAGCAUGAGUCGUCUCGUGAAGGCCACGAUCGCGCUGGUCAUCCUGGUCCUCCUCUUCAUGCCAGCGGCCAUGGCGUCCACCGUAGCCAGCUUCGACGCCACACAGAGCCAGCACCUGCCGCUGCCUCGCGGAACUGUCCGCGGACCAGAGAGUGUCGCCUUCGACGGCCAGGGCCACGGCCCCUACAGCGGUGUCUCCGACGGCCGCGUGCUCAAGUGGAACGGCAGCAAGCUCGGAUGGACCACCUACACGCACGCCCCCGGCUACGACAGCAAGCUCUGCACCGCGUCCAGGCUGCGCCCAGAGACCGCCACCGAGAGCCGCUGCGGCCGCCCUCUCGGCCUGCGCUUCCACCAGAAGACUGGAGACUACCUCUACAUCGCCGAUGCCUACAAGGGGCUCAUGCGGGUCGGGCCAGGCGGCGGGGAGGCGACGGUGCUGGUCAACGAGGUCAACGGCGUGCCUCUCCGCUUCACCAACGGGGUCGACGUCGACCAGAUCACCGGCCAAGUCUACUUCACCGACAGCUCCAUGAACUACCCCAGAUCGCAGCAUGAGAUGGUUACCAAGACUGGGGACUCAACGGGACGUCUCAUGAGGUACGAUCCACGAACUUCAGAUGUCACGGUGCUCCAAGCUGGCCUAACGUACCCGAACGGCGUCGCCGUCAGCACUGACCGGUCGCACCUCGUCGUCGCUUCUACCGGGCCAUGCAAGCUCCUCAGGCACUGGAUCAAAGGGCCCAAGGCAGGCACACAUGAGCCUUUUGCAGACCUACCCGGCUACCCUGAUAAUGUGAGGCCCGACAGGAGAGGAGGCUACUGGGUGGCGUUACACCGUGAGAAGAAUGAGCUGCCCUUUGGUCGAGAUAGCCAUCUGCUCGCUGUGAGGAUCAGUGCCAACGGGAAGAUAGUCGAAGAGAUGACAGGGCCAAAGAGCGUGAGGCCCACUGAGAUUAUGGAGAGGGACAACGGCAAAUUCUACAUGGGUUCUGUCGAGCUACCAUAUGUUAGUGUAGUCACACGCAAAUAG